AUGGCGGCGACCAAUCGUGGCAAGGAGACCCAUGAUGAGUUUUUAAUGUCGUACAACAUAUUCAGCUGGAAUAUUAGAGGUGUCGCUGCAAAGGGGGUUCCUCUACUUCUUAAGGAUAUGGUUAAUAGACACAAUGUCUCUUGCUUAGCUAUCUUGGAACCUAGAAUCCUCUGGCAGACAAAUUGGGGCAAUAUAGAGGUGCUCUCCUCUCAUAGACAAUUUGUCCAUACUCGUAUUUCUCCUAAGGGUAAUCUCCCUAGUCUGUUGGUCACCUUUGUUUAUGGUAGUCCCAACUAUGCUGUUAGAGAUUGCCUUUGGAGGGAGCUUCGCAUCCUUGCAGCCAACAUGACCGAACCAUGUUGUGUGAUAGGUGACUUCAAUGCUUACCUACAUGCUUCAGAUAAGAUGGGUGGCGGACCUCCAAACCUCAUCUCCAUGAAUAAAUUCAAGGACUGCCUUGAUGAAUGCUCUCUCUCUCUCUCUCUCUUUCUCUCAGACCUUGGCUUCAUAGGGCCCCCCUUUACUUGGGAAGGUAGGGGAGUGAAAGAGCGAAUUGAUUGGGCCUUGGGGACUGAUAGGAUGCUGGCAUCCUUCCCUGAACCAUCAGUCCAUCAUCUUCCAAAGAUGAAGUCAGACCAUAAGCCUUUGCUCCUUCAACUUGAUGGAGGAAGUUCAAGGGGAAUAUCGAACGACUGA